GCAACAAAAUCAAUCCAACUAUGGAUUCCCCCAUCUUAUCAGAAAUAUCUUUAUGCACAGAACUUUUCACAAACUUGGAACUAUCUGUUUCCAAGCCAAUACCACAACACCGUUCCAGAGAGAGUAAAAUCCUUGUGAAAAAAAACGAUCGAAUGCCAUUGUCUCUAACAGGAACUACACCCGUCUUGUUUAGUGGAGCUUCAUAUGCGAGAAGGAAACCUGAAACAGUGGAUGGGAGUGCAAUGUUUUUAGACAAAGUCCUUACGAUAAGAGGGAAGAAGGAUACAUCGUCUACCUCAGUAAAUGCUGCAUUUCCACCACAUCAAAUAGAAUGUAGUACCACUGGAGAUGCAAAAGUACAUCAUCAGCCAAGCACAAGUGAUACAAAGCUGCUGCAGUAUGUUGCUGAACCUGUGAGAACCAGUUCAGAAGACAGCCUCACCAUUAAGAAGACAAUCACUCAGAAGUGUGAUUUGAAAGAUUUUGUCCAAAGUAUUGAAUCAUAUUGCUUAGAACAGGAUGAUAACCAAGCGAAGAUUGUUUCUAAUAAGAGAACUUUUUCAUCUGCAUCAAAGAAAAGAAAACAAGGAGAACUGUCAAUGGGCAACAAUGAUAUAUCCUCAUUUGAGAAAGAUGAGAACGAUUUAAUGUGGCAUGCCUGUAAAAAGUGCCAUUAUGAGUUUAGUACAGCAAAGGGCUUGGCCAAUCACAUGAAGACGCACCCAAAAGUAAUGAUUGAAAAGAAUUCAUGUGUUUAUUGUGGCAGAGGUGUUGAGGAUGCUGAAGCUUUAAGAGAUCACUUAUAUGCAGAACACAUUUUUGAAGUAACUAAUUACACAUGUGAAUCAUGUCAGGUAGAAUGCAUUAGUGCAGAUUUAUUUGACAAACACCAAUACUUUUGCCACAGGACUGUUUCUGCCUCUUGUUUGCUGUGUUCAAACUGUGAUAAAGUCUAUUACAACAGAGAUUUACAUGCGUACCACAAAGAACGAGAAAAGUACUGUAGCAUAUGUAGUAUUACAUUUUGCAUGUCAGCAGAACAGUACAAAAACCACAAGGAAAAGCACGUCCUAUACAAGUACAAGUGUUCAAAAUGUGAUGCAUCGUUCAUCACAAAAGCCUCACUAACAAAACACCUGGAGACCAAAAAUCAGUGUUGCCCUUCAGGAAAAGAAAUUAAAAACAGCUCCACAUCAGGAACAGAACACACCAGUGACAACAGAGACACUUUCGAGAGUGAUGAAUGCCUUGAUGACAUCAGGUCGGAAGACUCUGACACUGCAGAGGAGAAAGACACUAUGGCUCCCAAGAAUGAGAGAUCUCAUAGAUGCCCAGUCUGCAGUGCUGCAUUCGUCAGGCACAAGAACCUCUUGAGUCAUGUUGGAGUUGUCCAUCCACAGCACUUACAGGAUGCAAAUCUACAAAACCUGGUGAAGAAUUAUGAGUGCACAAAAUGUGAUAAGAAGUUCACCAAGAAAUCAAACCUUGUGGCUCACAUUGCAUCCCACAUAAGAAAUGCAAGCAGUAAUGAGACAGGGCAGCCAAAGUGUUCUGUCUGCCACAAAACUUUCCGUUUACAGCGAUACUUGGUUGACCACAUGAGAUUGCAUACUGGACGUGGUACUCACCAGUGUAAGCACUGUGACAAGAAAUUUUUACGACUCUCACACCUAAAGCUGCAUAUGGAGAUGCAUGACAACUCACACAAGUCUCAUUCAUGCAUACACUGCAACAAGAAGUAUAUGAGAGAAAGCAAGGACUUAAUGCAGCACAUGCGAGUUCAAGCACAAGUAGUACCACGCCUAAGAAUGAUGACAAAGGAGGAGUUGUGA